AUGGACCCACGAAACGCGCCGCUCAGAAGUCAUCCACCUGACAAACCCGCAACUAAAGACAACGCUGAAGACGAACUUUCAUCUUCCGCUACUCUUCCGCCGCCUGGAAGUGAGCAACGGGGCCGUUACCAGGAACGUGUCCAGCAACACUACCGAUCUUUUAGUCCCUUUAAGCGACGAGGCCAUUCCGAGCUGCCUCCAAUCCAGACCAGUGGCCUGGGACAAUUCAUUGCAAAGUCCUCGACUGGCCCGUUGGGUACUUCGGACUUGGGUUUCGGCGGAGAGCAAUCUUCCCUGUCCAAAGAGCUUGGCAAACCUGAUGUUCACUCUGACAAGGCCGCUAUUCCUAACAAGGAACAACAUGGCGACAGUCAUACCGAGCACAAUAGUUCGCUGGACGAGAAAGAUAGGGAGGCAUAUCGGAUGUUUCGUGAAAGCCUCAGCAGCCUCGAUGACUCUUCCGGUGAGGAAGAAGGCGAACAGCGCGACAGCCUGGUAGCCGAGAAGAAAGAUCAACUUAGACUGUUUCGUUCCAGCCUGCUUGCUGGUGCCAAGGCCCAGGAAGAUCGACGCGGUCGUUCCAGGCGCAAGCUGACACCACCUGAUGAUCAUCCUCAAAUCGAUUCCAAUGUGGCUUCCGAAUUCGAAACGCAUGAUUCCACCAUCAGCGAGAGCAAAGAUUACGUCGCUGGGGUUCAGGAAAAUGACGACCUUUCCCUCCCCGAGACGUCGAAGCCCCCUACCUCUUCCCAGGGAGAAGGCGAACAGUCUCUGGAUGACCUGCUUGAUGAUCUUCAUGCCGAAGAUGGAGACGAGCCUGACAUGGACGCAGUCACUAUUCAGAGUGGGGAGGUUUGCGCAAUCCCUCCUGAGAUGCUGGAAACUAAGGCCGAGGAGGGCCUCAGCGACGCAGAGGUGGCGGUUCGGCGCAAGAAGUAUGGCUGGAAUCGUCUGAAGGAACAGAAACGGAACCAUAUUAUCAAUUUCAUCUUGUUAUUCCAUGGCCCUGUCCAGUGGGUUAUGGAGGUUACCAUCUUGCUAGCCGCCGGCUUGGCAGAUUGGAUUGAUUUCGGAAUAAUCUGCGGUCUGCUCGUAUUGAAUGCCGUGGUCGGAUUUGUCCAGGAGUACCAGGCUGGCAACAUUAUCGACCACCUCAAGAAAAGUCUUGCCCUGAUGACUAAGGUCGUUCGUAACGGUUCCACCGUGGAGAUAGGUGCUGAAGAGGUCGUUGUUGGCGACAUCGUUUACGUGGAAGACGGCACAAUCAUUCCGGCAGAUGGCAGACUCAUAGGUGACAAAGCCAAUAUUCAGGUUGAUCAGUCUGGAAUUACGGGAGAAUCUCUCGCCGUGGAUAAGCAUAAAGGGGAUUUUCUGUUUUCUUCUUCGGCUGUCAAACGUGGGACUGGGUUCAUAGUUGUGACUGCCAUUGGUGAUCGUACCGCCGUCGGAAAUACAGCCGUCCUGGUUAACAAGGCUGGCAAUACCACUGGCCACUUUACCCGCGUCUUGCGCGACAUGGCCGAUGUUCUGCUGUUGCUGGUGUUUUUCACCCUCUUAGUUGUGUGGGUCAGCAGUUAUUAUCGUUCAAACCCAAUUGUCCAGAUACUCGAGUUCACGCUUGCGAUCACCGUCGUCGGGGUCCCAGUCGGCCUUCCCGUGGUUGUCACGACAACAAUGGCCGUUGGUGCAGCUUACCUAGCAAAGCGUCAGGCCAUCGUGAAAAGGCUCUCGGCAAUUGAGUCGUUGGCUGGAGUGGAGAUCCUCUGUUCGGACAAGACUGGAACACUGACACGUAACAGACUGACAUUGGGAGAGCCAUAUCUUGCUCCUGGAAUGGAUGCCGAACAGCUUAUGCUGGUUGCCUGUCUCGCGGCCAUUCGAAAGAAGGGCGGAAUUGAUCCCAUCGACAAGGCAUUCCUGAAGGAUCUCCGCAAGUACCCGUGGGCCAAAUCUCAAAUUCCCCUGUACAAGACUCUCGAGUUCACUCCGUUUGAUCCAGUGUCAAAGAAGGUGACUGCAUAUGUGCAAGCUCUGGAUGGUGAGAAGAUCAUCUGUGUGAAGGGUGCUCCCAUGACGAUCCUGAGAACAGUGGAGAAGGACACGACACUGUGUGACCAGUUUUUCGCCGAGUACGAGGAAAAGGUCAAUGAGUUUGCUAGCCGAGGAUUCCGUGCACUGGGUGUUGCCCGCAAGCGCCAAGGCCGCCCCUGGGAGAUUCUGGGAAUCAUGCCAUGCUUGGACCCCCCACGCCACGACACUGCUAAGACAGUGGCCGAGGCCCAAGAGCUGGGACUAUCUGUCAAGAUGCUCACCGGAGAUGCGGUUGCCAUUGCGCGCGAGACGGCGCGUAGACUCGGACUUGGAACGAAUAUCUACAACGCUGAACGACUUGGUCUCACCGGCGCCGGCUCUAUGUCUGGCUCGGAGGUGAAUGACUUUGUCGAGGCCGCUGACGGGUUCGCAGAAGUGUACCCACAGCACAAGUACAGUGUGGUAGAGAUCCUUCAGCGACGCGGCUAUCUGGUGGCAAUGACUGGCGACGGUGUGAACGAUGCUCCUUCUCUGAAGAAGGCAGACACGGGUAUUGCAGUCGAGGGCGCAUCCGAUGCGGCCCGCUCUGCUGCUGAUAUUGUCUUCUUGGAACCUGGCUUGUCCACCAUUAUCGAGGCCAUCAAGAUCGCUCGCCAAAUCUUCCACCGUGUGUACUCAUAUGUUGCGUUCCGAAUUGCUUUGUCCAUUCACCUGGAACUCUUCUUAGGGCUCUGGAUGGUGAUCAAGAAUGAGACCCUUGACCUCCGCCUUAUUGUCCUCCUUGCCAUCUUUGCCGACGUUGCGACCUUGGCCAUUGCUUAUGACAAUGCAUCUUAUUCUCAGUCUCCUGUCAAAUGGAACCAGCCCAGACUCUGGGGAGAAUCAAUUGUCUUGGGGUUCAUUCUGGCAGCCGGCACAUGGGUGACCCUGGGCACUAUGCUGUUGCAAGGCAAGAACGGUGGUGUUAUCGAAGGCUGGGGUUCGCGAGAUGAGGUCCUGUUCCUUGAGAUUGCUCUGACCCAGAGCUGGUUAAUUCUGAUAACCCGCGUCAGUGGAGCUGGUACUGAUAACGGAUUUUCCUGGGCUAAUCGCCCAUCGCUUUACCUCGUCGCUGCGGUGUUUGCUGUCAAUCUGACUGCAACCCUGAUGGCCGCAUAUGGUGCCUUUGGUCAAGCCACAUCCUGGCCAACUGUCGUCCGUGUGUGGGUUCUUUCCUUCGGAGUGUCAUGUGUGAACGCACUGGCUUACCUUGUGAUGCAUAAUUCCCAACGUUUCGACAACCUGAUGCACGGAAAAGGUCCGCGUAAGGGGGAUAGAGAGCGCUCCUGGGAAGACAUCGGUCUCAACAUGCAGCGACUGACCAAGCUCCAUGAGAAGCAUGAAAAGUGCAGCUAG